GAUCAGUUACCAAUUCCGUCCGUAAAAAACAAAAAUCAUAUUUCAAAAAAUGAUUAAAGAAAUAAUAAUUUCUUUAAUAGCAUUAUUACUCACUACCAUAUUAUUAAGGUUGUGGUACAAGAUGAAAAGCCCAGAAGGAAAUAUUUUUGAGCCAUUUUCUGAAUAUAAUAAAUUUAUAAAGUCCCUCAAUAAGGCCAACACUUAUAUAGUUAUUUUUGGCUGUCUGGUAACUUUUUUAUUAUUUUAUGUUACUAUAUCAUUAAUUUACGAUGCGAUAUUUUCCCGGAAUAAAGAAGAUGAUUCAGAUGGUGCACCUGAAUUCCGAAUGCGUUUUCCAAGAUACUUCUUUGAUGGAUUCGUAGAGAGGACCAAUAGAAUCUUCAGAUGGCUAAAUCUACUGUGGGAGUAAAUAAGAAUACGGCUGAAGCAAAAUUGACAAAUCUCCAUAUCUUCCAUAUCUCCAUAAACUUUUUCAAAAUACCAACCCGACAAUGACAGUUUCUCAAUUGGCUACUCACGAAAAUCCAAACUACAUAUAACAUAUUCAUCGAAAUUACAACGUUUCAUAAUAAAAAAAUAUUUAAUUAACAAA